AUGAUGCUGAGCGGGUCGGGCGGUACAUUCCUGGAGGAUGCAGUUGCAGGGGUUUCUACUGGAACCAUAAAGGGCGGUAGGCGCGCCUCAAUCGUCGUCGCCAUCGCCGGUUACUUGUGCUUGGAGGUGUACCUGUACCAAGAAGCGACCGUCCAUCAGUUAAAGAGUAGACCGAAACCUAGUAGCAUUCCCUGUCGCGCCGUGCGACUCGCAAAAUUGCCCCUCGUCUUCCCCGAUCCUACAGUUACUCGCCAUGACCACGCCUCUGAACGCAUAUCAAGAUUUUUGCAUGGUCAUGUCGCUACAAUGAAAUUCGGUCACUCGUUCAAGGAGGCCCUGCAGGGGGAGAGCUACCCUCAGCAUUGGGUAGACAAAGCCAUUCCGUAUGGUCAGCUCAAGAAGCUCCUGGGCAAGGUGCGAGAGGAACUUACUCGCAACGGCUAUGACCCCGACACUAUUCACAGGCUCUUGGCCGACCACAACGCAGAGUACAGGCUAAGGGUAGAAAACUCCCACAUCCUCCGCCCCAAACUGGUAGUGCGCCCCUCGGCCAGUACCACUUGUCUACGAUCCGAUACGGCCCCGAAGCUCCUCGCAGGAGGAGAGCCCGCGCCGGCCUCAGAGCCCAGCACGCCCGCCAGCGCGCCCCCCGACUCGUCGUCUGUACCGCUGGAAUAUCCCACCUCGUCACCCAAGACUCUGGCGCAAGCCCAGGAUGCUGGAUGGGUCGAUAUUCCUCUGGACUCGGACGCAAAGUUCUUCAACAUCCUACAAACAGACGUGGUCGAGCUAGACUCGCUGCAAACCCAAGAGCGACAGUCCAUGAAUGACGGCAUACAGUUGCUUGGCGAUGAAAUCGCACGUCUGGCUCGGCCCCGCAAGGGAGUAAUUCAGUUUGCAAAAUCUGACCUCUACCGUUGGCGUGACAUCUUUGAACUCUACCUGGCCGCCCAGGUAUUCUUCUCGACCGCCGAAACAGCCACGGGUCCGCGCGAUAGCGAGAAGGCGUGGAAGCAGCUUGUUUGGUUCCAGGAUGAGGUCAACAAACGACAGCUGUUACAAAAGUUUAAACUCAAGGCCAGCGCGGAGGCUUACACACGCUUCCUCGAACUCAACGCAACUCUCCUGAAGAAUUUCAAGUUCCAAGAGCUUAACCGAACAGCGGUUACCAAGAUCAUCAAGAAGGCUAACUGUAAAGCAGAAUUCGAUAAACAGACGUCGUUGGGCGUCAAGACAGAGUUUCCAAAAGCCAUGAGCUCUGCCCCCUUCAUCGCUGGGAGUAUCGCCAAGGACAUCUGCUCACAGAUGGCUUGCGAAGUGCUCAGCCGUGUUCCUCAAAUUGUGGAUUACACAUGCACAAUUUGUUACUCAAUCUGCUGGCUCCCCGUGCGAUUGGACUGUGACCACAUGUUUUGCAUCCGGUGCAUGAUCAAGAUGCAAAGCCGGAAUAAAGAGCUGUGCCCCCUCUGUCGGGCCAAAACCGUGCUAUCUGCAACUGAAGCCCACAUCGACUGGAAAUUGAUGUCCUAUAUGGAAAAGUGGUUCCCUAAGGAAACAAAAGAAAAACAGCGUUAUAACGAGCUAGAGAGACGCAGGGAAUUGUUGGGUGAGGCCUACGUUGAUACAAACGAUGGGCCAUGCAUCGUGAUGUAGAUGGUGUACCUUAUCUGCUUGGCUGGCUAUCUUGACCUCGUGGAAUACCCCUUGUUAUCGAAUUUCACCAUGAUGAAAUCUCCUUCGAGUUGGCUCAUUCUGUGUUUUCACUUUGCUACUGAUGAUGGUUUACAGGUUAAGGUCCGGUUUCCUAAGCAGAUAGGGUCCAGCCGAGUAGCUAUACUUGUUAAUCAAGUAUGUAUUAACGGCAAGGACACAUGUGUGGCAUGCGAAGAGGGCACGUUGGUUGUAUCAUUUCACUCCUCAUCCUACCAGUGCCUACUCCGCACUCAAGAGACCCAGCUU